AUUAUUAUGUAAACAAAAAAAAAACAUUUCAUUUUUAAAGUACAUAUGGUAAUUGUGAAUACAAAGUGUUAUCGACAAGAAAACAAUGUAUGCGGAUGACAGUGUAAUGUGCUGUUUAUUUCCCUCUCAAUGUAACAUGUAUCCUCAAACGACGGGAGUUAUAUUUUGGGAAAUCAUGGAAUAUUUAAAUAUGAUGAUGGUCAUAAUCUCACCCAUUUUCAUAGCUUGGAGUAUAGUGAAAAUAGCGUUAAAGCUUUUAGAGAACAAGAAAUGUAAAUUAAUUGAACACAAUGUCGUCGAAAAAAAAAGUAUAGAUGAACUUAUAUUAAAAAAUCUUGACAUCGCUAAAUAUAAUUAUGAUGGAGAUGGAGACAAAACUUGCUCGGAUUCCGACUUAUCAGUUCCUCUCAAACCUACUAUACAAAAAUAUAACAAACCAUGCCUGCUUGAUGAUUCCAAUGCUGAUUCAAGUUUUUCUGAAAUCAUUAAAGAUACAUGUAGAAGAAGUUCCUGCAAUUCAUCUGACCAAUGCUUUCCUAGUAGCAGUGAAGAAACUGCUCAAUUUGAUCAUCUAUUUGAUGAACACUAUUAUCUUCUUGUUGAAAAAAAUGGUAAGUCCUCAAAGAUCGUUCCAGAAAAAGAAAUUAUGCGAGAGAUCCAAGAAACUACGAAUUCCGACCAAUUAAAAGAUAAGUUGCCAAUCAUGGACUCAGGUUCAAACAACCACCAGAAGUGUCAGAAUAUACUUGUCGAUAUUCAAUCUUAAUCUUAAUACUUUCAAAAUGAAGACAUUAAUAAAUUUGUUCGAUGUUUUAUAAACAAAUUCUCAGAUGUUAAAUAUUUUAAUAUUUUAAUAAUAAUAAUAUUUUUAUAGUUUU